GUUCAGUUAGUGUUUGAGUUUUAAAUCAUUAAGACUUGGAUUAUCAGUGAAAAUUCUGUGAUAUGGAUAACAAAUUGUGUCGUCUUAAGGAUUUUUUUGCUAAUAGAUGCAUUUUAAUAACUGGAGGAACAGGGUUUAUUGGGAUGGCUCUAAUUGAGGGCUUAUUAACCUCCAGUCCAGAUUUGCGUCGGAUAUACGUGGUAGUUCGUGAGAAAAAGGGGUUGAAACCAGCUGAGCGUAUUUCAAAACUCCUUUCUAAUGAGAUCUUUGACCAUUUGUCGUCAGACUCAAAGGCUAAGGUGGUACCCAUUCUCGGGGAUCUUACUGCAGAGAACUUUGCCUUAGAACCUACCAUACUGGCUGAAAUCAGGGAGACAGUGACUGUUGUGUACCACAGUGCAGGCCUAAUUAAAUUCAAUAGGAGUCUCCAAGAGACGAUUCUAAUGAAUGUCUUGAGCACUUUACGAUGCGUAGAACUAGCCAAAAGUCUUGCUAAACUCUCAGCCUUUAUCUACACUUCUAGUAUCACAGCAAAUACGAAUAUUCAAGGGAAGAUCAGUGAAAAAGUUUACAAGACCAAGCGAUCACCAAAAGAAAUGAUUAUGCUAGCACUAGAGUCACCUUCAACACUCGAUAAAGUUCCUGAAAUUAAGUCUGACAUGAUUGAGGGGCAUGUAAAUUCUUAUACUUAUUCCAAGCAGCUAGCUGAGAAUCUGAUUCUUGAGGAGCUGAGUGGUUUUCCAGCUGGCAUUGUAAGACCGGCUUUAGUUUACGGCUUCUAUGAACAUAGAAUUCCAGGAUGGAUGGGUAGAUCAAUGACUGGACAAUGUGGCCAAAUUAAAGGUCAUAUAAAAGGAGCAGUUAGAUCAAUGUAUGGAGAUCCAAAUUCAAUUUAUUACUGUAUUCCUUGUGAUCAUGUUAUCAACUGUAUGAUGGCAUUGGCUGCUUUCUUGGGAACACAAGAGAUACCUCCAAAACUCCCUAUCGUAGCUCAUUUAUGCAAUAACAAAACAAUCAAUCCGAUUACCAUGCAAGAUAUUGUUAAUAUUCUGAAUGAAGAAUCUUGGAAGAACCCCUGUGAUACGUACAUUCUCUUACCAAGGAUUAAAAUUAGGAACGGAUUGAGAAAAACUAUUCAUUUCGCCUUAUGUUAUAUUAUAGCCUUGGCAAUUUAUAUACCGGAGAAAUUACUUAAAAUAGCACCUGGAAAUAUGAAUGCCAUAAAUGUAGUAGAGGUUCAGUCCAAAAUUAGUGCGCAUAUUGCAGAACUGACCUAUGUUCUCCCCGACGUAGAUAUCAAUGUUUUCAAAAAUUUGAAUGGAAGACUUCAUCCUGAUGACCAACAUCAAUAUUCAUUUGACAUCGCUAGAGUAAACUGGAAUAAACUUAUUGAGAGUAGUAUAUCAUGGAUGAGGAACUCAUACUAUAAGGAUUCCUGCAGCGUAACUUGGAUGCAUAGAGUAGUUCAAAUGGGAUACUUGGCUGCGGAAGCUGCAAUAUAUUUUAGCAUCUUCUUAGUAAUCAUUUUCGGAUUAACCAUUCUGUUUACUUUCAAGGUUGCACUACCGAUUGCAACAGCAUUUACAUAUCUUUUAGUGUGGUUUUAGAAAAAUGUAUUUAUUGGUUACACAAUUAAAUUUAGUUUGUGAAUGGUUGGCAUAUUAUACUUAUCAGUUUUUAAAUUUAUUUUUUAAAUAGAUAAUUUUAUAAAAAAAAAAUCGUGCAAUAAAAUAAAAUCGUGUAAGUAUAAAA